UAUUUCUCAUGUCCAAAAACCGUAUUUUAAAAAUAAAUAAAAAAGACAAAAAAACAAGUAUUAACCGAUAACUAACUGCUACAUAAUCAACCAACCGAAAUAACCCCCCUCACAACCGCAACACAAUAUUUUCGAAAUCCUUUUCAUUUUUAAUUUGCAUGGCAGUGUCACAUUGGUGCUUCAACGUUUCAAUUCAAUGGGAAAAAACAAAAAAGUUGAACAAAACAAAGUAAUAGUCGUGGAAUACAAAGUUUCAAUGCAUUGCAACGCUUGUGAGAGAACCGUUGUUAAAGCCAUCUCUGAAUGUAAAGGAGUGGAAAAGUUUAUUACAGACAUGAACAAACACAUGGUGGUGGUAACGGGUCGAAUUGAUCCGAAAAAAGUAUUGAAGAAACUAAAAAAGAAGACAGGGAAAAGAGUGGAGAUUCUGUCCAACAAGGAUGAAGAAUCAAAAGAUGAAUCUCAUGAAUCAGAUAGCCUUGUUAUAGUGCCUCCAUGUAUGUUUGAAAAUGGCUGUUGCAUUAAGACUGAAACUUUGAUGAUGUUCAGUGAUGAAAACCCAAAUGCAUGUGCAAUAAUGUAGAAGAUUUUAUUCAAUAUUUCUUAAUUAUAUGUAGUAUUCUUUCAAGCUUUUGCUUGCAAUUAAUGUUAAUUAGAAAUUUAUUUUAUUAAUUUUAAUUUAUAAUACUUGGAUCCAGACAAUCAUCUAUCUUCUAGUAUGUUUUUUGGGUUCAUACCUAUAAAAUACGUCUACAAAUAUUAUUAUCGGAUAUAACAUUGACACAACAAUUUAAAAAAAUUAAAAUGGUUGAUAAUAUUUACACAUGUCAAUGUCAAUAUCAAAUAAACAUGUGGAAAUUAAAUAUAAUUCGCAUUCCUAUAUCUAAUUAACCAUAUGUCUAAUUAACUAAGAUAAGAUAUAAAGGUUCAUUGACUUUCCUAUGUCUAUUUAUUUGGUUAGUUGAGGCUGAAAUAUUUAUUUGUUUAUCUGUAUGCAAUUUUGUUUUUUCUUCUUUUAGGUAGCAUUGAUUGAAGGAUUGGGACACUUGUGAAAUGUGAUGUAUCUUAUGGCUUGUCCCUUUCAUAUGCUUAAUUUACGUAUGUAAUCUUUUAACCGUGUGCCUCCUACGAAUCUGAAAUGUCACAUUAGAUUAUUAGCACCAAACUGAACAAUAAACAAUUACCUACCUCACAAAGUGCGCCACUGAAAAUACAGGGUGAAUUCUUUUGUGUGGCUCUCCUUCUUAUAAUGUGAUACAUAGUCUUUUUUAUAUCAUUUGUGCAAUAAAGUUUAGUGGGAGGGAAUGUUCUGCACUGAAUCAUAUUUAAAUACUACACGAAAGUUAUUUGUAAACAAUGUUAUUUAGCAAUGAGUUAAUGGUGUUAAUUAAAUAAUCUAUAAAAUAUGUGACUGAUAAAGAAGAGUCUAAUUUGAAGACCAGGGUUAAUUAAAUCAUCUAUUAAACUAUUUGAGAUUUUGUAGUUUUUCAACAGUAUUUUGAUAACUUGCCUGUUGUAGGGACAUUUCUACCAACAAAGACAAAAAAAUUACUUUUUUUUUUUGUCAA